CCUUCAAUUCCUUCCUUAGACUUAACGAGCCUAUCUUCUCACGUGCUCAGCCGUAAUGGUGGUUGAGAAGCCUGAAAACGACGCCGUCGGUGGUCGACCGCAGCAGCCGUUCUACGUGAAGAAGGGCCCGCAGUUCCGCGGCGUGAGGAAGCGGCCCUGGGGGAGGUACGCUGCCGAGAUACGCGAUCCGUGGAAGAAGACGAGGAAGUGGUUAGGCACAUUCGACACAGCCGAGGAGGCGGCGCUGGCGUACGACGAGGCGGCGAGGAAUCUUCGCGGUGCCAAAGCGAAGACGAACUUCAUGUACGUCGGCGGCGACGCCGCGCCGCCGGCGAUGAACGUGAAUGCUGCGUACUGGCGGCAGCCGGAGUUUCUCCGUCCUGUUGGCGAGGCUAAGGCGUCGGAGUACAAGGGGUAUAAGAUGGAGGAAGUAGGUGCGGUGGUGAUGAACGAGCAGGAGAAGCAGAUGAGGAGCGAGAAGAAACCGUUUCUGUUCGACCUGAAUCUUCCGGCGCCGCUCUUUUGAUGGAAGUGUUUGUAGCUACUCGGCUAAAACUCGGCGGUUAAAGGCGUUUUGACCCGGUCUUCCAUCGAUUGGCUGCUGAUAUUUACUGUUAUGUACAGACGAUGAUUACGAAAAACGUGAUUCGACAAAUUUGCUUUCUGGAUUGUACCUUUGGUAGAAAUACGAUCAGCUUUAUUCGCAUCAUCUUUGGCAUCUUGAUAAUCCAUAGUAAUGCAGUCCUUUAAUUCACCUUCUUGGUAAUUUCUUGAUUAAGGAAAAACAUCUGCUCAUUGAUGCAA